CGAGGACAUCGAGGACCUCACCACGCGCGACGGCAGCGGCAAGUUCACGGACGGCUGCGGCUACUGCUCGCUGGAGCUGGCCACCUACCUCACCAGGAAGCUGGACAUCCGGCACAGGGGGGAGCGCUACGUGCCCAGCGUGUUCCAGAUCCGCUACUUGGGCUACAAGGGUAUCGUGGUUGUCCAGCCCGGGCUAGACCGGCUGAACAGCUGCCGCCCGCCCGAGCAGCGAGUGCACCUGCAGCUGCGCAAGUCCAUGUGCAAGUUCAAGAUCCCCAAACCCAGCAGCAACAUUGCUACGUCAUCAGACGGAGGCGGAAGCGGAGGCGGCGCUGGGGCGAGCAGCAGCAGUGGCAACCCGCAGCUCGCAGCAGCAGACGCGGCGCGGCUGGUGUUCGGUGUGGUGGACUACUCGAGGCCGUACAAGUACGGAAACCUGAACAGCCAGGCCGUCAUGCUGCUGUCCUCCCUGGGUGUGCCUGACGCGGUGCUGGAGGCGCGGCAGGCGGCUCACCUGGCCGAGCUGGCGCACGUGGGGGUGGAGGAGGAGGUGGCGCUCAAGAACCUGCUGACGGCCAACAAGGUGGAGGAGGCUGAGCUACUUGCGGAGUACGGCAUGGCUCCUGCUGCUGCUGGGGGGCUCCGGCUUGAGGCAGCGGCGGACGAGGAGGAAGAAGCGGAGGAAGAGGACGAGGCGGGCCGGCAGGCCGCUGCUGCCGCUCGGCGUCGGGUGCGGCGAGCGGUUCUGGAGCUGCAGCGGGAGGAGGUGGAUCGGCUGGUGAAGGAGCUGCCGCCGCUGAGGCCGCGGAAGGCGGUGGGGCAGCAGCAGGCGGAGCAGGCGGGAGAAGAUGAGGGGGAGAAGGCAGUGGCAGAUGUCUUGGGGGAGGCGGCGGAAGCAGCGGAUGAAGCCGCUGCGGCUGCGGCGGCCCCAGCUGCGCUGGAGGGAGGCGACAGCGCCGCCUCCGCUGCCGCUGCUGCUGCUAAUGAUAGCGAGGCAGCUGCGGCGGUGGCGGCUGGUGGUGCUGUCGGCGGCAAUGGUGCUGGCUCACAGGGUCCACGCGUGAGCGCCAAGAUCCGAGUGCGGCUGGACGCGUCCCGGCGGGUGUUCGGAGUGGCGGACCCCAGCUUGGAGUGGGCGGACGAGGA